UUAGAACAGCAGCCCUCAUCAAAAUAAAUAUAUUAUCUCUCUUCUCUACUCUCUCUCUCUUCUCUGUGUGUUUUGAUGAGUCUAGCUAGCUACCAGUCAGUCACAGAGAGAUAGGGAGGACGUACAGCCAGAGGAAACCGACACACAACACCUAACAGAGAUGUCUGGUGGUCCCCUCUCCUGCUUCUCCAAACAGGGAAUACUCCUACUCUCUAUCCUCCACUAUGGGACCUGGGCUGAAGACCCUCCAAUAGACCAGUAUGGCUUGAACGGAGGUUCGGUGUGUCUGGCUGUUGCAGAACUACCUGAUCAACUCAAACGAAUUCAAUGGAAGUUCCAAAAUGAUUUAAUAGUUGAUGAUAAAGAGAUCUCUCCUAAAUACAAGGAGAAGGUAGAUUAUAACCCAGUGAACCAAACACUGUGCAUUAAGAAUCUGACGGACACAGACAGUGGAAUUUACAUUGCAAAUGCACAGAAAAUAGAUUGGACAGAUUCAACGUCUUCAUACAGACUUAAGGUGUUGGAAGCUGUUCCCAUUCCAGCCAUGCAGGUGACAUACUCCAACUCAAGUACAGGACUUUGUAACAUCACAGUGAAUUGUUCAGGCUGGAUGUUUUCUGUCUGUAAUGGAGGUCAGUGCUCACUGAACCAGGAUUCCCUGUCAUUCUCUGAGGUCAACAUCACCAUCUCCAGUGGUAAUGGAUUCAUCCAGUGUAUCGUCAACAAUCACGUCAGUACAGAGACCAAAUCACAACGCAUGGAGGACAUAUGUAUUGGUGAGAAGAAGGGGAUCGCUGCAGCAUCACCAGUUGGCACCAUUGUGGGCAUUGUUACUGGUGGAUUAUUCUUAGUUGGUGUGUUAGUUGGUGUAGGAUGCAUCACGUCAACCAGAAGACGGCGAUCCCCUAAAGAAAAACAGCUACUGAAGGCUGUUGUUCCAGAAGUUGACAUCCUAGUGAGUGCUUUACCAGGAAGACCAGAACCACAGAACACCCCUGGAUCUGAGGUGACAUCAAUCCACGACACUGCAGGGAGACCAGGAGCAGCAGUACCAGCAGUAGCAGGAGGAGAAGAAGUCCAUCCAGGAGACAAAGAGUACACUUCACCAGAAGAGAGGACGGAACCACAGAGCCCUUCUGAGGCAGAGCCUACAUCAGUCUUCUAUAGUCUUCUACAGCACCGUAUAGAAACCAGCUGCAGCACAGCACCACCCAGUGGGCAAAGGAAAUAAUCAAAAUAAACCAGACACUGUGUAUUGCACAAUAGGAGAUUACCCCUCCGUCCUUCUCAGAGAUCCCCUGAUGUUACCUUGAUGAAGACUUAACCCAUAGACUCAGGUAACGAACCGCAAACACAGGGGAAAUUAUGACAAUUGAUUGUUUAUUUAGUUUAUGUCUAAUUUCAUCCAUAUUUAAAGUGGCAAUCUGCGAUUUCUACAUACUUUUCAAUGAAUGGUAUAUAACUAUUGAUUCAUGCAGAAAACAACAUAUGCUUGUUUAACUCCAUUGUUUGUAAACAUUAUAAAUUGUAAAGAAAAUUGGUGGCAGGGUGCCCUCGUUGUUAUUAUUUGAACUGCAGAUUUCCUCUUCAACGAUAGAUUGUUGUGCAUACUGUCUUAUUUUCUGUUAAUGAAAAUGAAAACAUGCAGAUGAAUAUUUUUACUGUACAUGCUUUAACAUAAAUGUUAUAUACAAAACAGCUGAAUUGAAAAUGGGAAGCCCAUCUAAUCAAUCAAUCAAAUCGACCAAUCAAUUAGUAAAUACAUAAACCAAUCAUUCAAUCAAUAAAUCAA